GCUCCCAGGGUGUGUCCCGGGGCGGGCUGUACGUAGGCAGGAGUGUCUCCUUCUCCCUCUCCGGCCCGCCCAGGGCUUCCCUCGGCUGGGAGGAGAGAGGCUGGUUUCCUGCCCGAGGACUGGGAGCAGACCCGCCGCUGCGGCCCGGCCCGGAGGAAGGCGACCCCGCUUUUGAAUCGCAAGCCUCCCUGGGGGGUGAGCUUCCCCCCCCCCCCCCGCCGGGUCCCCACCAUCCAGCCCCUGGAUUGUAAUCGCGCCCCGGGCCGUCAUGGGCGAUGUUAUCUCCACUCACCUGGAUGAGAGCCGGCGCCACUAUAUCUCAGAGAAGACUGGGAAGGUGCUGGGGGAAUUCUGCCAGUUUUAUGAGGAACAGUAUGGAGUCGCGCUCUUCAACAGCAUCCGGUAUGAAAUUGAGGGCAACGGAGGGCCGCAGUCCCAGCUGCUCCACCGCAAGGUCCCUCUGGACGACCGCGUCAUCAUCUCAGGGAACCUCUUUCAGUACGUGGAGGAAAACAAGAAGUGGCGAAACCGCUUCAGUGUCGUGCCGCACAACUACGGCCUGGUCCUGUACGAGAACAAACUGGCCUAUGACAGAGGGAUUCAGCCUCGAAUAGUCCUCAACAGCGCUGGCUACAAAAUCCUCACCUCGCUGGACCAGUAUCUUGACCUUGUCAAUAGCAGUUUACCAGGGACAACCCCCAAAUCCGGCAAUGCCCCGAUCCUCAAGUGCCCCACCCAGUUUCCUCUCAUCCUUUGGCACCCGUACUCCCGUCACUACUACUUCUGUGUGAUGACCGGCAAGGAGCAGGACAAGUGGCGAGCGGUGUUCCAGGAUUGCGUGCGACACUGCAACAACGGGAUCCCAGAGGACUCCAAGGUGGAGGCCCCAGCCUUUACGGAUGCCGUCCGCAUGUACCGGCAGUCGAAGGAGCAGUACGGCACCUGGGACAUGCUCUGUGGCAACGAGGUCCAGGUUUUGAGCAAUCUGGUGAUGGAGGAACUGGUCCCAGAACUGAAAAACACGAUCGGCCCCAAGCUGAAGGGCAAGGCCCAGGAGAGGCAGAGACUCUGGAUACAGAUCUCGGAUGCUGUCUACAGGCUUGUCUAUGACCAGAUAAAGGCGCACUAUGAUGCAGUGGUGACCAAAUGUGAGCUGGAGCGUCCCAGAAUGGAGAGCACCAUUCGCACAGACAUGGAUCAGAUCAUCACAUCAAAGGAACACUUAGCCAGCAAAAUCCGAGCCUUUGUGCUGCCCAAAGCAGAGAUCUGUGUCCGAAACCAUGUGCAGCCCUAUAUCCCUUCCAUCCUGGAGGCGCUGAUGAUUCCCACAAGCCAGGGUUUUGCCGAGGUCCGGGAAGUGUUCUUCAAGGAGAUCACUGACAUGAACAUGAACGUAAUCAACGAGAGCGGGAUGGAGAAGCUGGGAGAGUACAUGGAGAAGCUCUCUCAGCUGGCCUUCCACCCUGUCAAGAUGCAGUCCUGCUAUGAGAAGAUGGACCAGCUGAAACUGGAGGGGCUUCAACAGAGAUUUGACGUAUCCAGUGCCUCAGUGUUCAAACAGAGGGCCCAGAUCCUCAUGAGACAGCAAAUGGAUGAUGCCGUUCACACGUUCGGGACACUCCUGCACCAGGAGCUGGCGAAGAUGCUGGGCAAGGAGGAGCUGUGCAAGUCAAUCCAGCGGAUCCUCGAACGGGUGCUCAAGAAAUAUGACUAUGACAGCAGCACCGUGCGCAAGAAGUUCUUCAGGGAAGCCCUGCUCCAGAUCACCAUCCCCUUCCUGCUGAAAAAGCUGGCACCAACCUGCAAGGGGGAGUUACCAAAGUUCCAGGAACUGAUCUUCGAGGACUUCGACAACUUCAUCCUGGUGGAGAACACGUACGAGGAGGUCGUGCUGCAGUCGGUCAUGAAGGACAUCAUGCAGGCUGUGAAGGAGGCAGCGGUGCAGAGGAAACACAACCUGUACCGGGACAGCAUGGUCAUGCACAACAGCGACCCCAACCUGCACCUGCUGGGCGAGGGCAUGCCCAUCGACUGGGGAGAGGAGUUCGGCAGCCAGCCGGACUCGGACCCAUCCGCCGAGAAGCGCCACAGAGCCAGGCAGGUGGUGUCGGUCAUCCACGACGACGAGGGAGCCCUGUCCUAUGAGGCCGGUGCGGAGGUGCUGAUGCACCAGGUCUCCCAGGAAGAGCUCGGGUCGGAGGAGCUGGAGGCCUGCCCUGCCCUUGCUGCACCGGGUUCUCCUGAUAGCAUGCAGGGGAUACGGGGGAUGCUGGUGAAGGAGUUCUGUGUGGAGACCCCAGUCCCGGCAAGAGAGGAGGCAAAGGAACCACUGACGAAUGGUACAAUAGUCCAGCAGAGCGGCGGCUCUGAGGAGCGCGGGGUGGAGCGAGCUGCCCAGAAGGCCGAGGAAGGCCCUGGUUCCUUGGAACACUCUGCCCCGCAUGAUGCUGGCUCCCCGUGCCCAGUGAACCCGGGGGUGGAGGAGCAGGAAGCCAAGCCAGCCGUGCCCACCUCUCCAGCCAAGCCGCCUGCCCUGACAGCUGCCUCGUUGCUUGCUGAGGGGGGAGUUGAAGUGAACCGCCACGAACCCAGCGACAAGGAGACAGGGGAAGAGGUGUCCACCCAGGCCCAUGUGGAGAAGGUGGAAUCUGCCCAGCCGGCCACAGAGAACAGCGCGGAGGUGCAGACUCAGUUCUAGGUCACCCCCCCCUCCCCCCGGUCGAGAUCCAUGCUGGCCAUGUACACUGUGUGCCGAAGGUGGACUGGAGUCAGUGACACCAGGAGGGUGGGGGGGCUCGUAGGCUGGGCCAGUCGCUGGCAUUGGUAGCUGUUACAUUCCCAGUUUCUGAAGCAGGCUCGGCUUCGGACACCAGCUUCCCAGGGAAAGGGGUGGGGGGAGCCACCGAGAUGGAAGAUCUCCUAAACUGCACACCCACUUAGAGGAGAGCUGUGUGCUGGCCAGAACCAAGCCGCCACGCUGGGCCAAGCCAUUGCCCCUCCUCCCAGGACUCUAGCUCAGCAUAGGAUACCCACCCCUUCCACACAUGCACACUUUGCUCCAUCUUAUUUUGUUGUUUUUCCUUUACUGAAGAAACACUUUAUUGCAUUACUCAACUAACAAGACUGUGGGAAUGCCUGGGGUUUUCCCCUAGGCAGGAGCUCCCGAGGACAUCUGCACAGCAUAUGCCAGUGGGCACCCAAUGCCCCAGGGGGUGGGUUUUGUAGGGAUUCCCGUUCCCCUUCCAACAAUCCAGCCCUUCCCUUCGUCUGAUACUUCAGUCCAACCAAAGAGGUCAAUGCUGCAUGCCACACUUCUUUGUCAAGCACGGCGGCUGCAGUCAGAGGCCGCCUACCGGUAUUGAUCAUUUCUCCUCCUAACGAGCCUGCAUCCAGGAUCCUGGCUGAGAUAGAAUGUGCACUCCCCACCCUCUGCCCUUGCGAAUGCUGAACGCUGCUCCCCCGGGCAAGACGCACCUCUUCCCCGAGCCAAAGGGCCAAUGGGGGUGCCCCUUGUUUGCCACGAAGCACCGUUCAAGCCAGCGCCAUGAUUUUAACGUGUCUUGCUGCACGCUCUGGCAGAGGGAGGGUUAAAUGAGUCACAAACAAACUGGAAUCCAUCUUUUCUCAUUGGCCCCUAAAGAAGGAGAGUCAACGGCGGAGGAUGGGGCUGUUGCUUGCAUAGUUCUGGCCACAUUAGUGCCUCGCUGGAGAAUAAAUAGAACUAGCUGGUGUGGGUAAUACAGGGGAGUACCUGGGAGUACCUGGCCUUCCUUGCACGCGCUGGUCUGACUGUGGGUUCUGCCAAUCGCUCCAAAGACUGUCCACUUGUAGGGAUGGAAGGAGCCACAAAUACCUCUCAACUAUCACCCAUCUCCUCCACAUCCCUCCUCCCCUGUUAUACACAAAGGUUAGGACUGUGACGUAAACUUGAGGGUUCACCCCUGGGCUUGCGGGAGAGAACUGGUGUCCAUGGAAAGAGACGACGACGAUGAUUGGUCGUGCGUAGAUUGAGGUGUAAGUGACUGCCACUGUCCACUGGGAGCCUUUAGUGG